AUGACAGCCCCCGUCGGUCGUCGCAAGGCACCAAGGUGCAUCAUGCCGGAGUGCACCAAGCAGGUGCAAACUCGCCGACUUUGCAAGGCGCACGGUGGAGGCGUGCGAUGUAGCUCCCCGGGAUGCUCCAAGCUCGCUCAAAGUCAACGACUUUGCGUCGCCCAUGGCGGUGGUCGGCGCUGCCGUUCCACCGGCUGCAUCAAACUUGCGCAGUACAAAGGCUUGUGCCUCGCACACGGAGGCGGAAGACGUUGCCGUGUGCCGGUCUGCCUCAAAUACGUCCAAGUGCGCGGGUGUUGCAAGGCCCACGCCAAACUUCAGAGCGAAGUGAACACGUCUCUAACGUUCGCGUAG